GUCUAAUGUAUCUGCAAAUACAACACCAAAACAAAGUACAUUUCAUGGUAACAUAAAAACCUUUGAAUUCUCCCUUUUUUUUUUUCGCUCACUACACCGGAAAUGACAUCGCCGCGGGUUUCGCCUCUACCUUUUGUCCAUCACAAGAAGAGGAGGGGGUGACCACUGUAAUCCAAAACGAUGUCCUUUAAAACGCCUGUGAAGCCCUAAAAAAAUGUUGACUUUUAGGACUUUAAAAAAUGGCCCGACCCGCAGGAAUGUUUUCUAGUUUUCAGCCCGGCGCCGACCUGGACGCGAGGCACUUUGAGUGACUGCGGCUCGCGCCGAGCUAACAUUACGCAGCUGUCUGUAACCGAAGCUAAUCGGCUAUCUACGGUAGUGUUCGCCUCUCCUCCUCCUCCACAUGAUUAUUGACUCGCCUGGUUGUGCGGAGCAUACAGGCAGCGGCUGGAAUCGCUAAAACACCCUUGAAAGCUGUGAAAUGGACAAAGAAGAAGCGGAGCGGCUCGUAGAGAAGGCGAAGCUGUGUUUACGGUCGGGACGAAAGGACCGGGCGCUACAGCUGCUCCAUGAAGCGCAGAAUAUUUACCCCAGCGCMCGGGCCAGAGUGUUAAUAGAUGCCAUACAGAAGAACGGAGGCAGUGCGUUCUCAGAAGCAAACCACGUCCCUCCACCGACUGGCUGGAGAGACGAGGACACGAGAAACCAGGAAACGAGUAACGAAGCAAAUGARGAAAAGAAGACUUAUACUGAAGAUCAGCGUCAGAGUGUUCUCAGGAUAAAGAAUUGCAAGGACUUUUAUGAAAUCCUUGGCGUUACCAAAAACGCUGGUGAUGAAGAUUUGAAAAAGGCGUACAGGAAGUUGGCACUGAAGUUUCACCCAGACAAGAACUUUGCCCCAGGAGCCACAGAUGCAUUCAAAGCAAUAGGCAACGCGUAUGCAGUGCUGAGCAAUCCAGAGAAGAGGCAGCAGUAUGAUCAGUACGGAGAUCAGUGCGCGACUUCAGCCACGCCCCAACACUCCGGCCACGGUCGCGCUGGUCACUACCGAAACUUCUACAGAGACUUCGAGGCCGACAUUUCUCCUGAAGAGCUCUUCAACAUUUUCUUUGGAGGAAGGUUUCCUACUGGAAAUGUUCACGUGUACACCAACCAGGGAGCCUCCUACUCUCAGUUCUAUCAGCCUCGUCGUCGGCGUGCUUACGAAAGGCGCGAGGAGGUGGUGGAGGAAAACCAGAGUCAGAACACCUUCACAGCUCUCCUGCAGCUUCUCCCUGUGCUGGUGUUAAUCCUCAUAUCAGUAUUUACUCAGAUGAUGGCCACUAACCCCCCCUACAGUCUCUUCUACAAACCAGCCAUGGGGCUGGUGGUGUCCAGAGAAACGCAGCAUAUGGGUGUGCCGUACUACGUGGAUAAAAGCUUCGAGAAGGAGUACCGUGGAGCCGCGCUGGAGGAGUUGGAGAAAACCAUAGAGAGCGAUUAUAUCGAACACCUGCAGAGCAGCUGCUGGAAGGAAAAACAGCAAAAGUCUGACUUGGCAAACCUGGGUCAGCUUUACCGCGACGAGCGCUUAAAGCAGAAGGCCGAGUCGAUGAGYCUGGACAACUGUGAGAAGCUGCAUCGACUGGUGGGGCGUCAAAGAGUCAAAUGAGGACUGUUUGAGAGGAGGAAGUGUUUCUUUUGCGUAAUGUGUAAAUUUACCCAAUCUGGCUUGUGUUUUUGAAAAAGACAUUUUGAGGGGAGGCGGGGUACGGUGCAGUCAGUGGAUAAAUUACACCGCAGGAAACGAUGUGCCUUCUCUUGGAUGGUAGUAAACAGUGUUUGCUGCCAGCGCUGGCUGUGGCGUUAGCAGCAUGAAAACUCACUGUGGCAGUGUGAAGGAUGUCUCCUAGCCUCCAAACUUUCUUAUAGAAAAUGGCAUAACAUAUGCAGUCUCCCUUUGGGGCUACAAAGGUGGUUGUAUGUUUCACACAUACAUGUUUAGAUCUUGUAGUGUAUUUGUGUUUGUUCAAUUUUUUUUUUUUUUUCAUUUUUUGAUCUUUGCUGAAAAUUUAGAUGUAUUUAUUUGGAAGUUAAUGGAGUGAAAGCUGUUGGUUGAGCGUCUUAGCUCAGCUCUAGUUUUUUGUUUUAUUUGUUUUUUGUUGUUUUUUUUUGUAGGAAACAAGUACUGUGACCUAAAUUGUGUUUGAUCAAAUCCAAACACAUUUGUGUUGCGAGAUUACCUUUUACACAAAGCAAAUGUUUGAUUAUUUAUCUGCUGUAUGACUUAAAGUUAGUAUUUCACUGGGCUGUGACUGUUGAAGACGAGUUGGUGACURGAAGUUGUGAGGAAACAUGAGGAAACAGGUGAAAAUUUAGUUUCAGACUGAUGUAUGAGUGCUUGCUAGCAGUGAGCAAUGUGGCCUCAUUUUUAGUGGCCACUGUUUUGAAAAAAAACAAAAAAAAACAAAAAAAAAAAGUUUUAUUUUCAUAGGCAUGGCUUGCAAAACAGUAUUUUAGCCACACCCUUUUCUUUGGCCCACAUUGUACCUGCCUCAGCUCGCUUUAAACCCAACGUGGCAUGCUUAAAACAAAAAAGAGCAAUUUUAGACCAGCUUUUUAUGGUUUAUUAUUGAUCAUAAAUAGGGUUUUAAAGCUUGGACAUGAGCAGAACAGUAUGUCGCUCUGCCGCUCUUGAAACAGGUCGCUGAUGCCUGCAACAAAACUCAGACAGGUAAAGUGAUGGUGAAUUUGCUGCACAAUUUUUUUGGAACGUCAAGCUACAAGAGGGCAAGAUUAUGCAUUUCACACAAAACCGUUAAGUACCCUCCACAUAUGUUUUGAGAUAUUUUGGCCAUUUUUUCCCAAAUAUUCGCCAGCAGUUGCGGCCCAGUGAGAUUAGCAGCUUAAAUCACAGAAAUAUGCUGUAAUUGAACGUCCUGCAGGUUGCAUCGACUGUUGCACCACUGAGGAUGUAUUUUCAGCUAAUUUAUAUUGAAGUUAGUUCAAAUGUUUUUUAAUUCUGCACCAGUACUUUGUAGAUAGAUUUAAAAUUUGUUCUGAAAUUUAAAGUAGAUGGACCUUAAACCUGUUUUUAUUUCCACAGCUGGAAACCAAAUCAGGUCAUUCUGAUUAGGAUGCUGACAUUGUUGAAAUGUAAUUGUUUUAAUAACUAAUCCCCAAACCCUGCAUCGUCUUUACUGACAGUAACACAUACUGCACACUACAUCUACCAAACUGCCUUAGCUGGUUUCAUAGGUUUGGAAAAUUCAGGUUCAUCUUAAGCACUUUUAAGUUCCURCUGUGUUCAGUAUUGUUACUGUUGCAUGCGUUCUUGUGAGUGUUUUUGUUAGUUGCAAAUUAUUUAUUUCCUGACGAACCGUCAUGACUAUUAUAAAUGGACAACUUUAUUCAGGUUCACGCUAAGCUACGGAAAUGUAAAUUCUUUACUGUGACAGAAACACUUGUUGGGUUUUGGAAACAAUCAGCUUGAAGGUGAACUGGAGAAUUACGAGAAGCUUUCAGCCAAAACAAUCCCCGACAAAUAAAGAUGUAAUUUCAACUUGA